AGCUGCUAUAAUCAGCCUACGCUUGUGGUGAUUCCCAGUAUACAAGGGUUUAUCUUUGAACGUCUCUCAUCCACGUAUCUGUGAGCAUAUUUACAUCUUUGCACAUCACAAACGGCGUUAGCACUAGUCCAAUCGGUAUCAUGUCUGUCGCGGGACUGAAGAAACAAUUCCACAAAGCCACUCAGAGAGUUAGUGAAAAGGUCGGAGGGGCAGAAGGAACUAAAUUAGAUUAUGACUUUACGGAAAUGGAAAAGAAAGUUGACACCACCACUAGGGCAGUGAUGGAUAUUAUGACCAAGACAACGGAGUACCUGCAACCCAAUCCAGCAACUCGUGCCAAGAUGAGUAUGAUGAGCUCCAUGUCUAAAAUCCGUGGAGGAGAUAAAGGUCCCGGCUACAUACAGACUGAAGUCAUCCUGGGAGAGUCCAUGCAAAAGUUUGGCAGGGAACUCGGGGAGGAUUCCUGCUUUGGUUUGGCUCUGAUCGAUGUUGGAGAUGCCAUGCGGGAGCUGGGUGAAGUUAAAGAUGCUCUAGACAUGGAAGUCAAGCAAAACUUCAUUGAUCCCUUGCAGAAUAUCCAUGAUAAAGACUUAAAAGAGAUCCAGCAUCACCUGAAGAAGCUAGAAGGGCGACGGUUGGACUUCGACUAUAAGAAGAAAAGGCAAGGAAAAGUCACAGAAGAUGAGAUCAAACAAGCCCUGGAGAAGUUUGAUGAAUCAAAGGAGAUUGCCGAACAAAGCAUGUUUAACCUUCUGGAGAGUGAUAUUGAACAAGUGAGUCAGCUUUCUGCUUUGGUCCAAGCUCAGGUGAACUACCACAGACAGGCCACAGAGAUCCUUCAGCAGCUUUCCACCAAGAUAGAGGACAGAAUAAGAGAGGCUUCUUGUAAGCCAAGAAGAGAGUAUGUCCCCAAACCUCGCACCUCCCUGGAUUUAAGUGAGAACCACAAUGGGAAUAUUGGGCACGUUAGCCGUUCUAGGUCACCAGCUCCAAUGGACCAUCCUUGCUGUCGGGCACUGUAUGAUUUUGAUGCUGAAAAUGAGGGUGAGCUAGGCUUCAAGGAAGGUGACAUCAUCACCUUGACCAGCAAGAUUGACGACAAUUGGUAUGAAGGAAAGGUCAAUGAUCACUCUGGCUUCUUCCCUGUCAACUACGUAGAAAUCCUGGUAGCUUUGCCCCACUAAGUCUUAUGCAUGUACCCUAAUCGUGAUCUGACCAAUCAAACCACUUCUGCAAGAGGAGAAAAUAACCAAAACAAACAGCACAAAAAGCUUGGUUAUGGUGUUUGCGCAUAGGAAAUAAGCAAUGAAAACUUUGAGUGCCCUUUCGCAAAUAUUAUUUGGAAUGGACUUGGAAUGCCACCACUUUAUUGUAAUAUUGAUUUAUUUUACCUUUCUUGAGGUUGAUCGAGACCUCUGCGUUGCCUGCUGCUAUGCCUCCUGUGUGUUCGGACGUUAAGGUUGUUUUUGUUUUUUGCCUGUUUCCAUUUGCAACAAAACUUUUAUCCACACCCUUUUAAAAAAACGAAAAUAUUUCCAAUAAAAUAAGACAACACAAAUUAUUUUGGUAUUAAGUUCUUGGCAUAAAGUAUUAAUAAAACAUUAUUUGAAGGUUAAUGGUUGAAUUGAAGUUAUUAAACAUUUACAUUCUUUUUUCUUUCUUUGAAAUGGCAAUAAUUGUAAAACGAAUAUACUGUAACAUCUUGCCUAUUCAUAGUGUGAAAUGUUCUACUGUUUGUUUAAUGUCCUAAAGCUAAUUUUAGCCUUUAAGUGGUGGUAGAUUUGACUAUUUAAAUAGAUUCAUAUUUAGCAACAAAGGGGAAAAAAACAGACAAAUUUCAUCAGUCAUUUAACAGUCUGUGUGGUCCAUGAAUCAUGUGGGCCUUUUCAAACUUUCCAUAUCACAUUCCAUAAUGUUAAACUGAAAGGCAACCUAAAAAUAGUUUUAUGAAGUAAUGUGUGCGUGUGUACAUAUAUAUGACUAUAAAUAUGCCUGAGUGUAUGUUAUCAGAACUCAUGAAACUGUAUUUAAACUUUUCUUUGAUAUAUAUUUUUCUUUUAAUGUUUUUGAUGGCUAAGUGCGUUUUUUCUUUUUUUUCUGUUCUAGUAAUGGCAAUGAAUUGUAAAGAAAUUGUGAAGAAAUGACAGGUACUUCCAUAUGCCACUGAUCAGAAAAAAACAAUUUCAACAGGCCUGAAUUUAAAAUUACCACAGACGUACAGUGGUUGCACUCUUUGGGGGAAUUGAUCAACAAAUGGUUGUUGCACCUCGUCAUAUUAAACUGGAAUAAGAGAAAGUAUUUUAACAUUGCAGAAAAAGGCUGAUGUUAGCUGAUAUAAAGCUAUGUUCUAAAAAAAUAUUCGGUGUUUAGUUAAUGUUUUAUUAAAUCUAAUAUCCCCUUUAUAUAUAUAUAUAUAUAUAUAUAUAUAUAUAUAUAUAUAUAUAUACAUACAAGCGUAGUUUGUAUUGUCAGGAAAUACCAAUAUUUUUCAAUUGUGUUGUUAUCCUCAAUGAGGUAUGUACAGUCAUUAUUGUGUUUUAUUUCCUUUUUUUGUGAAUAGUCAUGUAACUAUAGUACCAUGUGUUACUUUUGGAUCAGUGUUGAAGCAUUUACCAUUACAUAAAAAAAUAAGACACUGGAUAUUUAUUGAAGUGCUGGUGGAGUGUUUAGUCGUAAAGCACUACUUAUCAACUCCUUUUUUAGCAUGGGUUUUCAUGACUCAUCUGAAUGAAUAGGCUUGUAUUGAGGUUUUUUUGAAAAAAAAACCCAACUGUGGAACUACAAUAAAUUGCAGAUUAAGGGUG